AUGUCGAACUCGAACACGACAGUCUCCCUUGCCUCGACGGCAUCGUUCUCUACAGCAACAGUCUCCACUGCGACUGUCUCCCUCUUCGCUCCCGGAGUCGACCAAAUGAUCCGAGGCAUCGAGAAAGCAAUGACAUCCCUUGACGGCGAUGUCUCGAUCAGAUUCUCCCCUACCCCACUCGCCACCACCACCGCACCCGAUGGCGCAGCAGCAACCGUCUGGAACGUAUGCGCGCACGAAUACGCCUCGAUCAACGGUCACACCACCACCAUCGUUCAAGAUCAAAAGUUCCUCGAGUCUCACAACUAUUUCUCCGCAAUCGACAACUCGGGCGCUCAGAUCGAAUGUCAUUUCGACCACAUCAAUGCUCCUGCUACCUGUGUCAACCGUCAGCCGAAGCACAGUCAUACUUUCACUUCGACGUUCAAACAUGCUCGACCUUUCGCUACCGCCUAUCAUAAGCAUGUGGUCAAGGCGAAAGCUCAUAGUACUAGCAGUGCUGUUAGCAGUCAAGUCACACCGACGGCAGCAGCUGCAGCAGUGGCAGAGACGGCAGCACCAGCAGCAGUCGAUCAAGCGACGGAAUAUCAGAGCGGUGUAAUCGCAGGUGCAGGCGAUGUUGCUAGCAGUUCUCCAGAGUCUAAUUCGAGAAUCAACUCGACUUCGGGUGCUGCAAAGAAGGCUAAAAGCUUGCCAGUGCUGUUAGCAACAGCGAGUGUGCUGUUUGCUAGUGUACUUGCUUUCCAGCCCUGA